AUGACAAAAACACAAGCUAUCAAUUUUGCUAUAAAGAAAAUUCCACAGAUCAUUCCGCUGGAAGAAGAAGAUGUAAGGAAUCUUUCUGAACAGAUAUUACAAAGUGCAAACGAAAGUCCUGAAGCAAUUGCAGAGGGAUUUUUGAAUAUAUUAGGACAUGAAGAUCUAUCGUUUGAAUUUGUUAUUGAAUUCAAUAAUUUAUUACAGCAAAAAGAUGCUCCUAUUAAAGAAGUGAAGAGUACUCCAGCAGACAUUAGUAAUGUGGGUAUACAGAAGUCAGUUGAGGAAAAGAAGCAGAAAAUAUCGAAGCAAUCACAAAUUAACAAACCUGUCAUAAAUAAUGGAAUGACAAUAUCAAAAUCGUUAGAAAAAUCACAACCAAAAUCCAAGAUCAAACCUGUUUCAAAAGAUAAGACAAAAUUGAGUAAGAAAAAAACCGUACAUGCACUUAAGGACAUCGAUGAAGUUGUCAAGAUGCUUGAGCUUGAGAGGGAUAAUGAGAAUAGUUCUUCGAAAUAUGCCUGUAAUUGUCAAGCCUUGAGACAUCCACUAUUCGACCCUGUACCAAAUUGUUUAAAGUGUGGUAAAAUUAUAUGUGCAAGAGAAGGUCUAAACUUGAAUAAUUGUAGUUACUGUGGGACUGAUUUUAUUCCAAUCGAGGAAAGAUUGAAAAUUAUCGAGUUGUUAAAGAAGGAAAAAGAGGACUUAUUGAAUAAAAAUAAAUUAUCGAAAGAAGAAGAAUUUAGAUAUAAUGAAGAGAAGAAAAAGAGAAACAAAGGCUUUAAAGUUUCAUCUGGUAUGGGUACAAAUUUAUUUAAUGAACAAGACAUGUUAUUUUCCAAGCUAGAGAAAGAGAAUGAAAAACGAUUACAUGAUAUUGAUGAGGCUAAUAAAAACAAUGAAGAGGCAAAAAAUAGUGAGAAUAAUAAAGAAAUAUUGGUCACAAGUUCAGAUUCAGAUUUGACAGAAGCUCAAGAUAGACUAGAUAGAUUGUUACAUUUUCAAGAUACAUCUGCUGAACGUACCAGAAUCAUAGAUAAUGCCAGUGAUUUCAGCAUGUCAAAUGAUAGUGGAUUAUGGGGAAGUACAGUAGAAAGAGCCUUAAUGCUGAAAAAUCAGCAAAGAAAUAGAAGGAAAUUUGAGAAACUAGAGAAAGAAAGACAUGGGGGUAGAGAAAAAUAUGUUAUGAGUUUAAAUAUUGGAAAAAAUGGGAAAGUCACUGUGUCUGAACUAGAAAAUAAUACUGAAACAACUCCAGCAAGUAUUGCUGACGAUUUAGAUCAGCUGAGUGAUGAAGCGGAUAUAAAGGACUUGAAAGACAUACGUAAAUUACAAGAUGAUUUGAAUGAGCAGAAAAACAAACAAGCAAUGGAGUUAGAAAAUUUGAAAUGGAAUCCAGAUGCUUACAAACUCCAAUUUGAAGAUCCUGUUUAUAUUACUUCUGAUACUACUUCGAAUAAUAAUGACGAAGAAAAAAAAGGUCAACAAAAGUAG